AUGCUGAUCUAUUCAAGGCAUGUCCAGAAAACCCAGGUUCUCGCUACUUCACCAGCGAAUGUUUCAAUAUCGCCAGGCCAAAGCAGCGACAUAUCACUUCACAGCCCUUCAGUACCAACAGGUUGGUUGUCCGCAUUUGCACCGGAAACAACCAUCAUGCGGCUUUUGGGAGACUGGUUCCAUGUGAUCCACCCUCUGGCUCCGACUUUACUCCGGCGUCGGUUUCUCCGACAGCUUGGACAAGGCGGCGCCAACACAGACGCGGAAUUCUGCGGGCUUGUUAUUAGUGUUUGUGCGGCUACCAAAGCGACCCUACCGCGGAAUGAUUAUGGCCAGAUCACGGUUGACUACUGCGUUGAGUUUCUAGAUGCCCAUGGAUUGCUGAAAAGUCAAUUCGCUAGGGAUUCAUUUAGUAUCAACAGAUGCAUCGCAUUGUACAACAUGGGCACGGCUAUGAGCGCCACCGCGAAAUCAGGCUUGGGCAGUAUGCGCGCCUAUCACGCUUUGAGCGAAGCAGCUGCUGGUGCACGCUAUCUGGCAUACUAUCAUAUACACGAGCAUGACGAAGUCGAACAACAACUUCUAAGAAGACUCAUAUGGUUAUUGUUUGCUAGCGCAUGUAGCGCGGAUAUCUUCGGAAGACUUCCCAUCAGCCUGCUUAGUCAAGAUCGAAUGGAGAGCUUCCCCCGGCCUCUUCCUUUGACAGAUGAUCAGAUGGAGCCGCAAUGCUUAAACGCUAGUGAUAACCUUGAUCAAGGCCCGGCGUGGCACGGCGAUGAAACUUCUUAUGUCCCGGGGCUCAAUUCGUUGAGCGACCUUUUCCUCAUCUGGCAGCAAGUACAGCAAAAUCCUCAGAGCACAGAUCCUCAGGCUUGUAUCAUGAGGUAUUUGGCAAAAGUCCAGCAUGUUCUGGACAACCUACCACCAGAGCUUCGAUGGCGCGGCGGUUUGUCGCGACCGAAGAAUGUUACGGAAGGACAUGAUGUUCAAAUCGCCAAUCUAUUUGUUACAAGUCUUAAUAUUCGGUCUAAUAUUCUACAAAAGCUUGGCCCAACAGAAGAAAGCGCUCAAGAACAUCAGAGAAUUGUGGAUGAUCUGCUAGAGAUUCUGUACCACCUACCACACGCUGUCUUUGAUGCCAACGGUAGUAGCUUGGUCCCCAAGAUCCGGGACAUCGGGGCCGCUUUUCUUGAACAGACUCAACUGGGGAACAACGUUGGGCAGCUGGAGAUGGAGGCUGCUAGGACCAAACUAGAACGAUUACUCCGGAAACUAGAUGAUUUGGACUGCUGGCAGGGAAUUGGAGAAGUUGAUCUCCCGCCACUGAGAGUCUGA